UUUUCAAUUCUGCUGCCGGUCUUAUUGAGACGAGGGGAAAAUUAUCAAACGACACCGCCGAGCACAUCAUGGAAGCACUCCAAUGUUUUCUUAAAGAGAAAAACGAACCUCAAAGACAUUUCUAUAGAUUUUAAGAAUUCUUCGCGAAUUAAUAUGCAGGACGGUUAUCACAUGGACACUUCUCACACUACACUUAUUAAUGAUAUAGAAACAAUUAAAAAGACACGCCCUGGUGAAGCAUUUAUUGAACAAGAAGAUCCAAUAGAGAGAAAUAUUGCAGAAUACAGGUGCGAGGUUUGUAUGAAAACAUUCUCUUCUCAAAAUGAAUUUUUCACCCAUCAGGAGGAGAUACAUGAGAGGAAUAAAUCGUUUCACUGUGAAAUAUGUGGCAAAUGGUUUUCGCAGAAUUCUCACCUGGUCGUCCACGUUCGGAGUCAUACAGGUGAGAAACCAUUCCACUGCGAAAUAUGUGAGAAGAAUUUCGUUUCCAGCAGCAGUCUAACGAAACACCAGGUAUUACACACUGGAGAUAAACCAUUCCACUGCGAAAUCUGCGGGAAAUCUUUUACCAAUAAUUCAAAUCUUGUUGUUCACAAACGUAGUCAUACAGGUGAGAAACCAUUCCGUUGUGGAAUAUGUAAGAAGUCUUUUGUGGAUAACAGCAACUUAACAAAACACAAGAUUAUUCACACGGGAGCAAGACCUUAUUCCUGUGAUGUGUGCGGGUUAUCUUUUGUCUAUAACACUAAUUUAAAAACUCAUAAGAUAAUUCAUGGUGGAGAAAAACCGUUCCGUUGCGAAGUAUGUGGGACAUCUUUUACCAAAAACUCGAAUCUGAUCAUUCAUAUACGAAGCCACACUGGCGAGAAACCGUUCUGUUGCGAAACGUGCGGGAAAUCCUUCGUUGAUAAUAGUUCUUUAACGAAACACAAACGAAUCCAUACGGGAGAGAAACCUUGUCGUUGCGAAAUAUGUGGAAGGUAUUUCGCUUGCAACAGUAUUCUGACGAAACACAGAAGGGUUCACAGCGGGGAAAAGCCGUAUUCUUGUGAAAUAUGCGGCAAGUCGUUCUCGCAGAAUUCGAAUCUUGUUAUCCACAAACGUAGCCAUACUGGAGAAAAACCGUAUAAUUGUGAAAUUUGUAGGAAAUCUUUUUCUGUUAAGUCUCAUCUCGUAAUUCACAGACGAAAACACACGGGAGAAAAACCUUACACUUGUUGUAUAUGCGGCGAGUCUUUCGUUUCUAGCAGUAAUUUAUCGAGACACAAACAGAUACACGUUGGACGAAAGCCUUUUGACAGUGAGACUUGAGAGGAAUAACGGGCGAUCCUUCGGUAUAGGUACCGUAAGUGGCUUUGUUUACAUUUCUGAAGAUAACAGAAACCCUUUUCUCCCACCCCUAAUCCUAAUCCCCGAUAUAUAUAUAUAUAUAUAUAUACCAUUUUUACUAUUUUACUUGUUUCAGUCAUUUGACUGUGGCCAUGCUGGAGCACCACCUUUUAGUCGAGCAAAUGGCCCCCAGGACUGUUUUCAUGACCCUGACAACAGCCACAAUUAUGAUUCCAUGGGUGCCAUUUACCUGAUAAUGGCCACAGCCACAACUAUGGUUUCACUUGGCUUGAUGAGUCUUCUCAAGCACAGCUAAUUGCCAAAGAUUUUGGUCACUUGUCCCCUGCUUCUGUGAGGCUCAAUAUUCAAAGGUCAUGCUUCACCACCUUGUCCCCUGCUUCUGUGAGGCCCAAUAUUCAAAGGUCAUGCUUCACCACCUUGUCUCCUGCCUCCGUGAAGGUCAUGCUUUACCACCUCAUCCUGAGUCUCUUCUACAGGUUUCUUCCACAGCUGUUCUCAUCCACACUAGCACCUUCAUCACUCCUGCACACCACAUCUGAUGCCUCUUUGGCCUAGUUUUUCUCUCAAGACCCACUUUGAUGCUCAUGCUCUCAGACAUUGUACAUCCAGUGAAGCAUACUAGCUUCAUUUCUUUCACGCUUUUAGAUGUCCUCUGCAGUCACAGACAAUGUUUCACUGCCCUGUGAAGCAUGGUUGUUCACACAGGGGCAACAUAGUCUGCCUUUGGUGUGUGUAUAUAUAUAUAUAUAUAUAUAAAGUUAAUCCAAACAAGAAAGCACAAAAAAAAACACAACAACGCGAGGAUGUGGAACAAAUAUAGUAUUAUUGGACGCUCAGGAA